CAUAGUGCUGUACCAAUUGAAUAAGGACACGUCCUGCUUCUCAACAGGUCUGUUGCUAUUGAAUUCUCUAAGAUUUUCACAAUAACUAUCAUUCUACACAAAAAAUGUCGUUCGAAAACGGGUGGUUUUACGAGAAGAACCGCCAAUGGCCAGGACAAUGUCUUGGACUCGAGGUGAAACAAAUCCUGCGUCAACAGAAGACUAAGUUCCAAGACUUGGUCGUUUUUGAGUCCACCAGUUUCGGCAAGGUCCUGGUCCUGGAUGGCGUUGUCCAAUUGACCGAGAAAGAUGAGUGCAGCUACCAAGAAAUGCUGGCCCAUCUACCUAUGUGCAGUUCUAAGAACGCUGCGGAGAACGUGCUGAUCGUCGGUGGUGGGGAUGGCGGAGUGCUGAGGGAGGUUUGUAAGCACGCUUUUGCUGCUACCGGUUCUGGUACAAACAGCAGCACAUCGACGUUGAAAAAAGUUGUCAUGUGCGAAAUCGAUGCCGGAGUUUUGGACGCCGCGGAAGAGUUUUUCCCUGAGGUAAGCAUCUGGCUGAAGCGCGCGCGUCGUGUAGAUGGGAAGGGGAAUGUGCUGAGGGAGAAGCCAGAGACGAGUGCUGUUGGAGGUAAUGCUGGUGAAGCUCAUAAGGAUGAACAGGAUUCUUCCGGAUUAGAGAUCACAAUCGUCGUCGAUGAUGCCAUUCAAUACGUCAAAGACCAAUGCCAAUCCGGUUCUUUCGAUGUCGUGAUCAUCGAUAGCAGCGAUCCGGAUGGACCUGCUGAAGGCCUGUUUCAGCCAGCCUUUUACGAACAAGUAGCACGCAUUUUGAAGCCGGAGUCGGGCGUUCUCGCGGCUCAAGGAGAGUGUCUGUGGAUCCAUCAGGACAUUUUGAAGCAGGUCUACUUCGAUUGCGGAAAAUUCUUUAAGUCGAAAGCCUAUGCUUCUGUGCAGGUGCCGACGUAUCCUUGUGGUCAGAUCUCGCUGUUUUUAGCGGCAAACUUUCAGACGGAGUUGAAGGAGCCGAGGAGGAGCUUGAUGAACAACACUGUGACUGAGGAGAAGGCUGGAGCUGUGGAGGAACCUGCGAUGAAGAAGCAAAAAACUGAACAAGACGGGUCCUGCAAGGCCGACACAAAGGAGGACUCGUCGACUUUCCGUUACUAUUCUCCCGAGAUGCAUCGUGCGGCAUUUGCGUUACCGCAAUUUGUCAAGGACUUGUUUAGGGAGGAAAACAAGCCUGCCGCAAAGGACCAAGAAGCUUCCCCAGCGUCUUCGAUUGCCACAGCAUCUUCGUCUGUGGAAGCAUGAAAGAUAGUUUUUCCAAAUCCAAGAUGACAAAAUUGAUGAAACAUUGGCUUUCGCGCAAUGCUACAACUUAUGUUUCGACUGACCUCUCUCUCUGUCCUUCGCAAAAGGAUUGGGAAUGAAUACGAAUGUUUUUCGCACAGAUAAUGUGAACGUGAACGACGUAAAUUAAGAUUUGCACCCCGCCCCAUUAAGUGCAUCUCUUUUCAAAGAUCUCGGUUUCUUCAAUUUUGCUUAUAAUUCAAGCUUGC